AUGGAAGACAACGAUAUCAGCAAUUCAAGCAAUCAAUUCAACGAUGAUGGCGAUGAGAACCAAAUUGUGCAGCAACUUCUACGUACCAAUAUUUCCAGAAACACAAAAGAAUUGUUUUGGUAUGAUAUUCGAAACUUUCCUGAUUCAUUGCUUAUAGAAAUUCUUGCUAGAUUACCCGUGAAAUCUAUUUUUAGUUUUAAAAGUGUGUGCAAGCAUUGGCAAACCCUAAUUUCUCAUCCUUCCUUCUGCCGAUUUUAUUACUCGAUUCUCAAUUCGUCCUCGCGGCCUUUCAGAAUCUUGUUUAGGUACGCUCGGUUACCGAACUUCAAGGAGUUUGUUAUUCGUCUUGGUACUGAAAUCCACAGUUCGUCCGAAUUCUCUGUUCUUUUCCUUUCUACCCCUGAAGAACGGCGUCUAUAUGAUCAGUUUAGUGUUUUAUCUAUAAGUAAUGGUUUUAUUCUGUGUUGUUCGUGGUCGCCAACAUUUGUUUACUACUUCUGUGAUCCACUCACUCGACAAUGGAUCACUUUACCUAAACGUGGACCCAGCUACAAACUACCUUGCCCUAUUCCCAUCCAAUUGCAGGAACUGGCCGAUGGCCCAAUCUAUUGCUACGGGGCUCUCCAUUGGGAAGUUCGUUAUAAUGGCCUGCUUGCAUUUGAUCCUUACAAAGAUCCAAAAUCUGUUCGCCUAAUUCCAUUCCCAGAUGACAGAGAUUUCCUGAGUAAGUAUUUAGACAGUUCUUCUCAAUUAUGUGGGGAGAGCCAAGGGACCCUUCGUUAUUUCGAGGUGGCUCAUGGUCACAAGCAGUUCUAUUUGUUCAGCAUGUGGUCUAUGAAGGAUUAUGAGAAAGGAGAAUGGUGUUGUGAGUUUAAGGUGAGACGUAGUGAUCUUCAUUCUAACAAUCUGGAAUUGAGUAAUUGGUUGUUGGACGGAUGGUUUCUUCCUUUAUCGUUUCAUCCGUUGAAUCCAAAUGUUGUGUAUUUGUAUUGCAUGGAGCCUGAGCAUAUUGUGUCGUAUAAUAUUCUGAAUAGAAGGCUGGAUUUUGCUUGUAAACCGAUUGACCACGGUCAAAGUCUUUGUUCUGUGAUCCCAUUUGUGUUACCAAGAUGGCCGGUGCUUGUUCCAAUUGCCACUUUUAAAAGCAAAAAAAAAAGAAGGUAA